AUGGCGCUGCUGGGCUACCUUGGCGAUCUACAGCGGGCCCUGGAGAUGGUACAUGGCAUUUCUGACAGAGAUGAGAUAUUGACUAAACUCAACUUGUACAGAUGGGAUCUCUUUGCACCAGACUACACUGAAACUCAUUAUACUAAAACUGGAACAGCCCAAACCAUCUCCUUGAACAAAACAGAUAAUUGCUUUUACCAUGGAAGAGUGAGGGCCAUUCGUGAAUCAAGUGUGGUGCUCAGCACAUGCAGAGGUCUACGUGGCCUUAUACUUAUAAGCAACAACAUUAGUUACGUCUUAGAACCUCUUCCUGAUAGUCAGGAGCAGCACUUAAUCUACAGGUCUGAGCAUCUCAAAGUUCCUCAUGGAAGUUGUGGAAAUGAGCAUUUGGAAUCAAAGGUGACAGAUUGGCUUGCAGAGUUGUCAGGCCGAACUGAAACACGUCACCACAGGGUGAAGAGGGAUGAUCAACAAUCAAUGAAAUAUGUGGAGCUUCUAUUAGUAGCUGAUUAUGCAGAAUUUCAGAAAAAUAAAUAUGAUCUUCAAGCAACCAAGAAUAAACUAAUGGAAGCUGCCAAUUAUGUAGAUAAAUUUUACAGGUCGUUAAACAUACGGAUUGCUGUGGUUGGACUUGAAGUUUGGAAUGACUAUAAUAAGUGUGACAUCUCUGAGAACUCGCAUUCAACGCUUUGGGCAUUUCUUGCUUGGCGACGCAGAUUACUAAUACAUAAAAAGCACGACAAUGCCCAGUUGAUUACUGGCAUGUCCUAUGGUUCUACUAUUGGCUUGGCCCCUCUGAUGGCUAUGUGUUCGGCUUAUCAGUCUGGAGGGAUAAAUUCGGAUCACUCUGAAAAUGCCAUUGGAGUUGCUGCCACUAUGGCCCAUGAGAUGGGUCACAACUUUGGCAUGAAUCAUGAUUCAGUUGGCUGCUGCUCUGCCAGUCCCAGAGAUGGAGGGUGUAUUAUGGCUGCUGCAACAGGGGCACCCUUCCCCAGAGUCUUCAAUGAAUGCAAUAGGAAAGAGCUGGAACGGUAUCUGCAAUCUGGCGGUGGGAUGUGCCUUUACAAUAUGCCAGAUACAAGGACCUUAUAUGGAGGACAGAGGUGUGGAAAUGGGUAUCUGGAAGAAGGGGAAGAAUGUGAUUGUGGAGAAGUGGAGGAAUGUCAUAAUCCUUGCUGCAACGCCGCUGAUUGCACUCUGAAGCAGGAUGCUGAGUGUGCUCAUGGAAUUUGCUGUCACAAAUGCAAGUUGGUUUCACCUGGAACACUUUGCCGGGAACAGGCGAGAACAUGUGACCUACCAGAACACUGUUCGGGCAAAUCACCAUUUUGCCCUGCAAACUUCUAUCAGUUGGACGGUACACCCUGUGAGGAUGGGAGGGCAUAUUGCUACAAUGGAAUGUGUUUGACAUAUGAGCAGCAAUGUUUGCAGCUCUGGGGAUACGGAGCAAGGCCAGCCCCUGACCUUUGCUUUGAGAAAGUUAAUGCUGCUGGAGAUUCCUAUGGGAACUGUGGGAAAGAUAUCACUGGGAACUACAGGAAGUGCGACACAAGAAAUGCUAAAUGUGGCAAGAUACAGUGCCAAAGUUCUGCUUCUAAGCCAGUGGAGUCCAAUGCUGUUGCAAUUGAUACGACUAUCAAAUUAAAUGGAAGGGAAAUUCAUUGUCGUGGUACCCACGUCUAUCUAAAUGAAGAAGAUGAAGGAGAUAUAUUAGACCCAGGUCUUGUGAUGACAGGAACCAAAUGCGGUGACAGUCAUGUGUGCUUUGAGGGCCACUGUCAGAAUACCUCCUUCUUUGAGAGUGGAGAUUGUGGAAAAAAGUGCAACGGCCAUGGAACUUGCAACAACAAUCACAACUGCCAUUGUUUCAGUGGAUGGGCACCUCCAUUUUGUGAUAAACCUGGAAAGGGAGGAAGCCUGGACAGUGGCCCCAUGCUUGAAAAAAAUCCUAUUCCAAUCAUCAUAGGUGUCCUGGUUUCCAUCUUGCUUUUGACUUUAAUUGGACUAGCUUUUUGCUGUUAUAAAUGGAGAGCCAAACUUGUGCCAAUUAAGAAGAUUAUCUUUAUUUCCAAGAAAACCCAACAGUCCAGCCCACCUCUUUCCAUUCAGAAAGAAGUGGAUGGACAUGCCAACCCAGCAUUCAAAUCGAAAACUCCACAAGGACAGAGAAAGAUUACUGAUAUACAGAAUGCACCCUCAAAACCUGAAGUGCUGUAUUGCCAGCCACCUGCAGAGUUCAAGAGACAGGGGCAGCCACCACCCCCGGUUUUUCCAGCUAACUAUACAAAGAAACUCCCCUUUCUGGAACAUCAGACCGAGGAGAAACAUUUGCCAAAACGAACUCCGCCAAGCAGGCCUGCACCUCCACCUCCAAACGUCAUAGUUCAGCAGGAUUCUUCCAGACUAAGACCACCUCAGAGAGCGCUUCCAGCUAAUCCAGUCUCUUCAAGCAAGAGGACAGGGUUGUCCAAAGUGAAUACAGGAACAGUACCAUCAUAUGGCACUGCAAGGAAUACAGGAAUUCAUGCGGUCUUGGCAGAGAAUCGAGCCAUGAGAAAUCCUGGAACAGCACAUACUCUGAAGUUUAGAAACUGA